AACGGUGUGACGACGUCUGAGCGCGCGAGGAUGCGGAACACUUCCUCUGGAAAGACAAACUCCGGGGAGACGAAACGAUUGCUUUAAAUGUAUUUGUAAAAAUAACAGAAUCAUAAGAUAAAUGUGUAUCUGGUAGUGUUGACCCAGCAGAUGGUUUAACGUGCGGUGUAAAGUUUCCAACACGCUUUAUUGUUUUUCUUGACACUUUAUUUUUGUUGUAUCGUGCACUGAUACAGGUAUAUAUAAAGAAAAACAUAUUUCGAGUAUGUCGGCUCAAGCGCAAAUGCGAGCCAUGCUCGACCAAUUGAUGGGAACUGCGAGAGACGGUGAUAGCACUCGCCAGAGGAUCAAGUUUGAUGAUGACAGAGUGUGUAAGAGUCAUCUACUGAACUGCUGCCCUCAUGACAUUCUCUCUGGAACGCGAAUGGACUUAGGUGAAUGCUCACGAGUUCAUGACUUAGCCCUCCGAGCAGACUACGAAAUUGCAACAAAGCAGCGAGAUUUCUUUUUUGAACUGGAUGCAGCCGACCAUCUUCAGUCCUUCAUUGCAGACUGUGACCGAAGAACUGAGGUAGCAAAGAAGCGAUUGGCGGAGACACAAGAGGAGAUCAAUGCUGAGGUUGCGGCCAAGGCAGAACGUGUACAUGAACUAAACGAAGAAAUUGGUAAACUUUUAGCCAAAGCAGAGCAGCUUGGAGCUGAAGGAAAUGUUGACGAGGCUCAAAAAGUUUUGGAAGAAGUGGAGAAAGCAAGGGUAUUGAAGAGAGAAGCAGAGGAAAUUUACAAAAACUCGAUGCCUGCUUCAAGCUUUCAGCAGCAGAAAUUGCGUGUAUGUGAAGUUUGCUCUGCUUAUCUGGGACUCCAUGAUAACGACCGACGUCUAGCAGACCACUUUGGAGGAAAACUGCACUUAGGAUUUAUUGAAAUUCGGGAGAAACUGGAUAAGCUUAAGAAAAAAGUGUCAGAAAAGCAGGAGCAGCGUAGUUUGGACAGAAUCAGACGCAGAGAUGACAGGGAAGAGCGUGAAAAGUUGAAGAGAAGGACAAGAUCCCGCAGUGGAGAUCAAAGGAGAUCAAAAUCACACAGCAAAGAUCAAAAAAGGUCUGAGUCGCGUGAGCAACGCAGUUCGCACUCUCAUUCCUCUUCAUCACGCAGGAAGCAUUCACCUCCAUCUCGAGAAAGGCAUCGCCACAGGCCAAGAUCACGAUCAGGCAGUCGGAGUCAUUCUCAUCGUCACACCUCAAGGCACAGUUCAAAAGACAAAAGCAGCCGGAAAAGGUCCUCCAAGGAUCGUUCGCCUCGGGAAAAAGACAGGCAUUCAAAGGACAAGUCACAGGACCGCCGUGAGAGGAAACGAUCUUGUAGCAGCACAAAUGGCAAGUCCAGUUCUGAAGAGAGAGAGGCAGGUGAAAUUUAAGGAAACAUGAAUACUUGCAAAUCUGCAUUCCAAAAAGUAAAAGCCUCCUAGUGGACUGUUUGACAGGUUGGGUUCAGAAAAAUUUCUUGACAGAAGUAAUUUACGGUAAGAGUACUCUUCUCUGGAGAUGUGAUUGAGUGUAAAGACUGGCUAUUAACCAGAAUUAGCCUAAGACUUUUGUUUUUUGUUUGUUUUGGUAAGACUGUUAUUUGGGCUGACGUUCAUUUAUUUGAACCACCUUAUCUUUCUCUUGCCUUGGCACAUCACACUUAUUUCAAGGCUACCUGUCAACAAGCAAGUGAUUUCUUCAGCUAUUGCUGUCAGCAACACCAUUUAUACUAACCAGCUGCUGGCAGUCAGACACAUACUGCUGCAAAAGCAAACAUCUUUACAGUGCUUUUUCAGGCAUUUUAUUAUUUAAAUUGCAAAGUAGUUGAGAAAGGAGUGUGAAUUUUUGGGUAAACUAGGAAUGAUUUGCAUUCUGUUUGACACCAUAAUUGCCUUUCCCCAAGAAUUUGAGUCCAAAGUUUUCAACUAGUUAAAAAUUAGCAUUUUUGUAAUUAGUCAGAAAAAUUGUUUUGGUAAGAUCAAUAUUAUAUUUUCUCAUAUUUAAAAAUGAUACAGUACAGUACUCAAUUAUUUUGAGCCAUUUAUUUAAAAAGUUAUCAUUAAAGUCAUCCAAAUUGUUUUGUGUGUGUGUUUUUUUUUUGGUGCAAUAAUGUUUACUAGGAGAUACUAUGCUCAUUUAGACCAUAGAUAUUAACAUUGCUAUGUAUGGUUUUUGUCCUUAUUUUUAAAGCAACAUUUGGGUAUGAACUCUAAUCAUUUUACUGUUUUGUCUAAAUUUCAAAUUAUAUAUAUUUUUUAUAUAAAUAAUUUUUGAUCUGUUCAUUAUUAUUUAAAUACCCCUUUCCAGUGCAGUUUAACUUCCCAAAAUAUAGAAUUUUGGUUCUGGUUUCAUACUAAUGUUAUGAAAAUUAAUACAAAAAUAUUUUUAAUUGUAUAAUGGAAGGAUUUUGAGUUUUUAUAGUAACAGAUGGCUGGCUGAUUUAGCACAAUAUUUAAAAGGGUGUCUGUUGCUCUGUUGCACAGGAAUUUUAUCACUACAUCACUACCCACAAAUUACAGUACAGUUUUCCAAAUUUUGGCCCUGUCCUUAAUUAAAUAAAAAAAGAGAUGUUUAAUAAUAUAAGUUACUGAGCCCAAAUAAGUAAAACUUGCACUUAAAAAAAAAAAAA